AUGACCCCAGAGGAGGAAGGUUCCCAGGCAGGGCCCCCAGAGCGGGUGCGUAUCCGGGUGGAGGAGCAGUCAUUCUCGGUGGAGAAGACCCUGCUGGUGGAGAGCAGUGAGUACUUCCGUGCCCUCUUCCGCUCGGGCAUGAGGGAGAGCACACAGGAGGAGAUCGGGCUGGGGGAGCUGAGUGCAGCCGGGUUCCUUGCCAUGCUGCGGGUGCUGGCAGGCGAGAGGCCCAUCCUUGGCUGUGAGGAGACCUUCCAGGCCGUGGAAUGUGCUGCCUUCCUGCAGGUGAAGCCCUUGGCCAAGUACUUGAUCCACUCCAUCAACUCUGACAACUGCAUCCUGCUGUACCAAGCUGCUGCCAUAUUCGGCCUCCUGGAUCUCUUCCACUGUGCCGCUCUCUACAUCAGGGACAGCUACGCUGAGCUGGAGGAGUACCUGGACUGUCUCUCCGAUGACCUGCUGGCCUAUGUGGAGGCCCUCCUACCCAGCACCUUUGUGGCAGUGGGAGCCCAUACACCCACCUUCGAGUUCUUGGAGGAUCUCUCCAGGACCAUCUGCUACCUGGAUGAGGAGACCAACACAUGGAGGACCCUCUCCUGCCUUCCGCUGACUGCCAGCACAUUCCUAGCCGGCAUGGCAACCAUGGAUAAUAAGAUCUACAUUGUGGGUGGCGUCUACGGGGCCAACAAGCAGGUGGUGGAGAGCAGCUUCUGCUACGAUGCUGAUGACAACACCUGGAGCGAGUUCCCCAGCCCUCACCAGCUGCGCUACGAUGUCAGGCUGGUGGGCCAUGAGGGCUACCUCUAUGCUAUUGGUGGCGAGUACGAGAAGAUCUCGCUCAAGUCCGUGGAGAGGUAUGACCUGGCCUCCAGCACAUGGACGUUUGUCUCUGACCUGCCACAGCCGAGCACGGCAGCGCCCUGUGCCCAAGCCUUGGGACAGAUCUUCGUUUGCUUGUGGCAGCCACUGGACACCACUGUCAUCUACGAGUAUGAGACCCAGCAAGACGCGUGGCUUCCUGUCACCGAGCUCAAGCGGCACCAGAGCUACGGGCACUGCAUGGUGGCCCAUCGUGACAACCUCUACGUCAUGCGCAACGGCCCCUACGACGACUUCUUGCGUUGUGUCAUUGACUGCUUCAACCUGACGUCCCGGCAGUGGAGCGCCCUGCCCGGGCAGUUCAUGAACAGCAAGGGAGCUCUCUUCACCGCCGUCGUCAGGGGUGACACCAUCUACACUGUCAACAAGAUGCUGACGCUCCUCUACUCCGUGGAAGAGGAGACGUGGAAGCAGAAGAAGGAGCGGGCAGGUUUCCCCCGCAGUGGCUCCCUGCAGACCUUCCUCCUGCGGCUGCCAAGACGCGACCAUGACAUUGCAACGUAG